AUGUCCUCUCUCCCCAAUGGCGUGUUUAAUCGCUACAGCACCACGGAUGGCAAGGACAUGAAGCCGAAAACUGCUACAUCAUCGCCCCUCAACCAUGUCUCCUGCGCGGCCGAACUGCGCGCCGCACUGGCAGCGCUGCAUGCUCGGGAGUCCGACAUAACAGCCCGUCUCGACUCCCUGAUCGCUUCACAGGCUGACCUAACUCGAGACCUCGGCCGAUUGGAUCUGUUGCGAGCCGGCCUGGGGGCCCAGGUUAUCGCUGCGAGAUCCAUUAGCAAUGACAUGCUCUCAUCCGCGGCCGAGACUGCGGGGAGGCUCAGCAACAGGGUCAAGGAGCUGGACCUGGAGAAGAGCCGCGUAGAAGACACGCUGGGCGUGGUUGAGCAAGUUGCCGAGCUCAAAGCCUGUGUCAACGGCGUGGUAGGUUCCAUGGGCGCGCCGCAGGACUGGGAGGCAGCAGCUGCGUACCUGGACCGAGCAAGCAAGGUCCCGGAGGAUAUCGCCAGGGGCGCUUUCGCCUCGAGUAUAGUUCCCAGCGUGGAGGUGCCCGACCCUCCGUGGGUGACGCUGGAGACGGCAAGAGAGUCUCUUUGCGGACUCUUCCUGCGGGAGUUUGAGAAGGCGGCUGGAGACGGGGACGGCCCAAAGGUCACCCGAUUCUUCAAGCUGUUCCCAUUGAUUGGGCGAGCCGACGUUGGGCUCGAUGUGUACGGGCGAUAUGUCUGCCAAGGGGUGGCAGGGACGGCUCGCGCCACGCUGAAGGACAGUGUCGGCGCUCACGGCAGGAAGGAGGGGUUCUUCUACGCCAAUGCGUUGACGAGGCUGUUUGAGCAUAUAGCGCAGAUUGUGGAAAGCCACGGGGGUCUUGUGGAGCGGCAUUAUGGUGCUGGCAAGAUGGUUCGUGUGAUUGAGCGACUACAGAUGGAAGCGGAUGUCCAGGGUGGCAUUAUCAUGGAUACUUGGAGCGACGAGCGCGGUAUUGACAGGAUGAUUACCGAUGUGAAAAGUUAUCCCUUUUCGUUUUUGGUGCAGAGCUUUCUGCCACAGGCCCCUAGGAGUGGUACGCCGCGGGUCAAUUCCCCAGCUGUGGGAGGCGGGAAUCCUCGUUCCAGCGAGGAUGAGGGUGUCAACAUGAAAGAAGUGGAUGGGCUGUUGAAUGAGAUUGCCCUUAUGCUCGGAAGAUGGUCACUCUACACGCGGUUUCUGUCUGGUAAAUGCAUGGUUCCUUCUGAUGAAGAUGCGCUGUUGGUAUUGCCGGAACUGUUGAUCAAGUCAAACUUGUAUCGGAAGGUCUCCGCAAAGCUCACAACGCCAUAUAAUGUCAUGACGACGUUCUUUUUUCGCCGGUCUGUAGAAAAAGCAUUCCAACUGGAUGAGUAUCCAACCGGUUUGUCCUUGCGCCUAAAUAAGUCGAUCGACGGUCAUGGUCCUAUUAUUAUCACGGCCGUAGACGAUGUCAUGUACAUUGUCAAUACGGUUAUACAAAAAUCAAUGUCGACAUCACAGCGGGAUGUCAUUGCAUCCGUCAUUCCAACUAUUGGCCGAGUCUUGGGCUCUGAUUUCAUUGGCAUGGUGCAGCGCAAGAUGCGAGACGAAUCUUAUCCCAAGCCAGCCGUACACGGCGGCUUUCCCCCGGAAGACAAAAUCAUCCAGUUCAUUGUGCUCAUCAACAGCCUGGAUAUGGCAAAUGAAUACCUGAGCAGAAUCAUCGGCAGCCGAGUGGUAGCAGCUGAAGGCCAAGCAAGUGGUGUAGCGCUACACGAGUCCUUGAAGGAUUCAUUCCCUUUCGACAAGGAUAACACAUUUGCCGCCAACGCGCUACACUCUCUGGAGACCAGCUUCAUCAACAAGUCCUCUGAGCUCCUCAACGAAGGUAUCCAAGUCCUCUUCGCUCAAGUCAUCAAGCCUCGAUUACGGCCCAUCUUCAACGAUACUUUCCGGGACGUGGAUUACACUCUCAACGAGGAAGGUGUGGCGGAAGUGGCAGAGCAAAAUGACGAAAACGUGGGGGACAUUCUUGAGCAGGUUUCGAGACGAUUCGAACAUGGCUGGGAUCAGCUAAUGAAGCCGAUUGCACGCAUAAUGACGCCUGGAACAUUCAGAACGCUACUAGAUAUCACAGCUCGAUACCUGUCCAAGAUCCUGGAAAAGAGGAUAUUGAGCUAUGCCGGGAAGACGAGUCCGUUUGGCGCUGUCCGCAUAGAGAGGGACUUUGGCGGCAUCGUAAACAUUGUCUCCAAGGGGGAAUUUCGCGUCAGGGAGGCGUUUGGCAAAGUGACUCAGCUGCUCAUGGUGGCCAAUAUGGAGGACGACGAGUGGGAAGAGCUUGGUAAUGACGAGGAUGCUAUUGAAUGGGUGUUGACGGAGGAGGAGAGGAGAAGGGCGAGGGGGCUGGUGAAGGGCUAG